ACCAACUCUCUCUCCCUCUCUCUCUCCACACAAUAUAGUUUUUGUUUUGAAAAGCAUGAAGCAUAAUUCUAUGGAUACCUUUCUCCUACUUUUCAUUAUCUCUAUCUUUCACUUCCAAUUGGGGGUCCUCUCCUCACAUACUAUCUCCAAUCAAGAUGUUAGCUACAUGAAGUUUGUACACGAUGCCAAAGAUUUACCAGAAACAGGAGAAUAUGACUACAUUAUAGUAGGGGGAGGAGCUGCAGGCUGUCCAUUAGCCACAACAUUAUCAUCAAAAUUCUCGAUCCUCAUCCUCGAAAGAGGCAGCGAACCCAAUAAAUUCCCCUCUGUAUUGACUGAACAAGGUCGUUCCAAAGCUUUUACCGCAGAAGAUGACGGCAAAAAUCCCUUCCAGCGAUUCGUCUCUGAGGAUGGUGUAGAGAAUCUAAGAGGGCGGGUUCUCGGCGGCGGUACCAUGAUAAAUGGCGGUUUCUACUCAAGGGGCCAUCGAGAAUUCUUCGACACAGCAGGCGUGGAGUGGGACAUGGAAUUGGUGGAGAAGGCCUAUCAAUGGGUGGAAGAGACUGUGGUGUCUCGCCCGAAUUUGAGUGCUUGGCAAUCUGCUUUUAGAAGUGCUUUGUUGGAAAGUGGUGUACUCCCUGAUAAUGGGUUUGAUUUGAGGCAUCUUGUGGGGACUAGAAUUGGAGGUUCCACUUUUGAUGGAAAAGGGAACAGACAUGGAGCUGUGGAGCUUCUCAAUAAAGCCAAUCCCGCAAAUCUUAAAGUUGUCAUCCGGGCCACAGUUGAAAGAAUCAUCUUCUCGGGUCUAUCUGCAAGUGGGGUUUCAUAUUCUGAUUCUGAAGGAAAAUUGCACACAGCAUUCAUACGAAAGAAAGGAGAGAUUUUUCUAAGUGCUGGAGCCAUUGGAAGCCCUCAACUUCUCCUCCUAAGUGGAGUUGGCCCAAAAUCCGAUCUUUCAUCCUUAAAACUACCUGUCGUCCUCCACCAACCACAUGUCGGCCAAUUCAUGUCCGACAACCCCCGUUUUGUUACUAACAUCGUACUUCCAUUCCCAAUAGUCUCCACAACCGGAAAAGUGGUUGGAACUUUGAAGAACAAUAUCCAUUUCCAAUCUUUCGCCGGCUCUUCACUGUUCUCAGUCCCCCCAUCUUUUAGUCUCCUCCCUCCUCGAUCUAAUUCAGUAAAUAUGAGCUUAGCCACUGUUGUCGGAAAAUUCUCUAAAGUGGAUUCUAUGGGGUCCCUCCGCUUGAAUUCUUCCACUGAUGUGAAAAAGAGUCCCAUUGUCCGAUUCAAUUACUAUUCUCAUCCUGAUGAUCUUGCGCGGUGUGUUGUAGGAGUAAGAAAAAUUGGGGAUUUGAUUAAAACCCCAACCAUGGAAAAGAUUAAGACCAGAAAUUUUGAGGGUAAGAAAGUAUUUCAGUUUUUGGGGCCUCCAUUGCCGGAAAAUUUGUCGGAUUAUAGUUCUGUUGGAGAGUUCUGUCAUAAAACGUUGACAACUUAUUGGCAUUACCACGGCGGUUGUUUGGUCGGAAAAGUUGUCGAUGGCGAUUACAGAGUCAUCGGAAUCGGAAAUCUUCGCGUAGUGGAUGGCUCCACUUUCACAGAGUCGCCUGGAACCAAUCCUAUGGCCACCCUCAUGAUGCUCGGCCGGUAUGUUGGCCUCAAGGUAAUGCAACAAAGAUAUUAAAUUGGAGUGUAAACUAAAGACCAUCUCUCACAAGUUAUUAUUUAUCAAGUGCUGUAUUUUGGUAAUUUCUUUCCUGUUUCCAUUUGGUACACCCACCUUAGUUAGACUUUCUCAAUCAUUUUGUGAAAAGAAAGAAAAAUAGCAUACAUAGAAAUCUUUUUUGUAUUAAUCUAUUAUAAUAAAAUUUAUUGAAUUCUAAAGAAUUUAAAGGAUAUGAAAAUGACCAUCUACUUAAGAUUUAGUAUCCAACAAGUUUACUCGAUAACUAAAUAUUGUAGGGUUAGACUAUUGUUUCAUGAGAUUAGUGGAUAUGUGCAUAAUCUGGUCU